AUGUUCUUCCAGUUCGCAAAAGCUAGCCGCGAACGAGCCGGAGACGUCAUCUUCCAAUUCUGCUGCGAGCAGCGAAACCCUCUUUUCCAGCUCAUCUACCUUGUGCUGGUGAUCGGAGGCUACUACGCCUUCCACAUCUACUGCAUGGAUUUCAUCCCCGGACCCUACCUCUCCGCCGUCCACAGGUACACGGCACCUGCAUCCCUCAUUGCAGUGCUCACAACCUUCCUUAUAGCGAGUAUAUCCGACCCCGGUACAGUCACACCCGCUACAGUGCAGCAGACCCAGGCAGUGUUUCCAUAUGAUGGAGUCAUCUACACCAAACGCAUCUGCUCCUCCUGCAAGAUACCCAGGCCAGCACGAGCCAAGCACUGCCGGGUGUGCAACCGUUGCAUCUCCAGAUUUGAUCACCACUGCGCAUGGGUGAACAACUGCGUUGGGGAAAGCAACCUUCGCUUCUUCCUGCUCUUCCUCUUUGCUAACAUCUGCUUUCUGGCGUAUGGUGUGUUUGGCGUGUGCUCUAUCCUGGCUGGUGAAAUCACUCGCAGCAAGGUCAUCGCUGCCAUCAUAGAUCACGAUCCCUCCAGGACCCAUAUCCUAGGCUGGCUGCCCAUCCUCCUGCAGUGGCUCACGGUCUACUUCCACCGCCAGUGCGCGCUGCUCCUCUUCUUCCUCGUCAUCCUCGUGGUGCUCUCCUGCUUCCUCCUCUACCACCUCUACCUCGUCGCCACCAACGUCACCACCAAUGAGACGUACAAGUGGGCUGACUACCGGCGGUGGGUGUCCCACGAAGCUUCUAGGAUGCUGCAGCAGAAGCAACGGGACGAGGGGGAGGAGAGGAGGAAAGGAGGAGUAGAGAACGGUGAGGGGGAGAAGAAGGGGGUAAGCUCAGCACACACAACGAGGGUGAUGAAACACGAGGAAGAGAGGAUGGAAGGGACAGUAGGGAGGAAGACUGAGGGGGAGAAGAGGGAAGAGGGGGAGAAGAGGGAAGAGGGGGAGAAGGAAGCGGGGGAGGGGAUGGUAGUGAAGGAAGUUGAGAGGCGUGAGACAGAGCGGGAAAGGAAGGCGAGCAAUACUGGCCAGGAGGAGGAGGCGAGCGUAUUCAAAGAAUUUGGGUUGAUCCUGCUAGUGUUCCUGUAG